AGGAACCGGCGACUGCUGUAGUCAGCCUGUCUGAAUGCGGUCUCCCAUUGAGCGUGCUGAGCCUUUGCCUGGAACUUUUUUCCCUUUUUCGGGAUUUGUUUUUACGAUACAUCAAACAAGACUGGGAAGGUGAAGUUAUUUCCAACACACAGAUCGCAUUCCCCUUGGUGUGAGGUCAUCUCUGUUUACAUCCCAGUGUAGUAAUUCCAUUUGUGCUGCUCCCAUGACCGAGAUUACCUAAUGUCCCAUAACCUGCCCUUUGGCCUGUUCCAUGUCUGAGAACCGUGACUCACAUCCUUACCUCUACUCGACCCUGGACAGCCGGGAGCGGUCCCGUGAAAGAGUCGGCCUUCAGGUGGAGAAAGGGAAGAUCUCUCCCUGUUCCCCCAUCAGCCAACUUCGCCGCAUGGCUAGCAGUUACAACGAGAGUUGUGGCAGGCAGGAUGGAGACGACCUGGAACCAGAGCUGGGUUUGGCCUCGGAGGGCAGCGACAGCAGCCACGAGCACCCUACCUCGCCAGGUUCACCCCACGAUGAUAGGAAGCGGACCCACUUGCACGAAGAUGUCGAGAUGGCUUGUUCAAGUGGGAGCGGGACAGAAUCCCAUAGCAACGAAUCUCAUGGCAAUGAGUCCCACGGUAAUGAAUCUGUGGCCAGCUCCAAUGGAAAUGGGAAGGAUUCUGCUCUCCAUACGUCUUCAGGAAGCAACAAGAGCACCAACUCUCACAGCCCCUCACCGCCAAGCAGCUCCAAUGCCUUCAGUCUGGUGAGCUCCGAGCAGGACAACCCUUCUACCAGUGGAUGCAGCAGCGAACAGUCAGCCAAGGCGAAGACACAGAAGGAACUUUUUAAGACUCUCAGUGAGCUAAAGAUGCAUCUGCCCCUUGAAAAGCGAAGCAAGGGCAAGUCCACCACCGUCAACACACUCAAAUAUGCACUGCGCUGUGUCAAGCAAGUGAAAGCCAAUGAGGAGUAUUAUCAAAUGCUGAUGAUAAAUGACAGUCAACCGCCUGGAUUAGAAGUCUCAUCUUACACCAUUGAGGAAAUCAAUAGCAUCACUUCAGAAUACACCCUCAAAAACACUGAUAUAUUUGCCGUGGCCGUUUCACUCAUCACAGGGAAGAUAGUUUACAUUUCCGAUCAGGCAGCGUCCAUCUUAAACUGCAAGCGGGAAGUGUUCCAUAACGCCAAGUUUGUGGAAUUCCUAACGCCGCAGGACGUCAGCGUGUUCUACAGCUUUACUACGCCGUACCGCUUGCCCUCAUGGAGCAUGUGCACCGGAGCAGAGUCGUCUCCCACGGAGUGCAUGCAGGAGAAGUCCUUCUUUUGCCGCAUCAGUGGUGGAAAGGAGCAUGACGGCGACCUGCAGUACUACCCUUUCCGCAUGACUCCUUACCUGAUGAAAGUCCAAGAUGCGGAGCUGUCUGAGGAGCAGUUUUGCUGCCUCCUUCUGGCAGAGAGGGUGCACUCGGGUUAUGAAGCUCCCAGAAUCCCUCAUGACAAGCGCAUUUUCACCACCACACAUACACCUAAUUGUGUUUUCCAGGAUGUGGAUGAGAGGGCUGUUCCACUCUUAGGAUACCUUCCCCAAGACUUGAUUGGGACUCCGGUGCUGCUCAAUCUGCACCCAAAUGACAGACCACUCAUGCUGGCUGUGCAUCGCAGAAUCCUGCAGUGUGCUGGCCAACCAUUUGACCAGUCCUCCAUUCGCUUCUGUGCGAGAAACGGCGAAUACAUCACGGUGGACACCAGCUGGUCCAGCUUCGUUAACCCCUGGAGCCGCAAGGUCUCUUUUGUCAUCGGCAGGCACAAAGUCCGCAUGGGUCCUGUGAACGAAGAUGUUUUUGCAGCAAUGGCUUUCAAUGAAGGGAAGAUGAUGGACUCCGACAUCCAGGAAAUUAGUGAACAGAUCCACAGGCUAUUACUACAACCUGUUCAUAACAUGGGCUCCAGUGGUUACGGUAGCCAUGGCAGCAAUGGUUCACAUGAACAACUGGUGAGCAUCAGCUCGUCCAGUGAAAGCAAUGGGAAUGUCAUGGCGGGAAACACGACGGAGGAGACGAGGAAAGCCAAACCUACCCGGACAUUUCAGGAGAUCUGUAAGGGAGUUCACAUGCUGAAGAACCAGGACUCUCAUGGGUGCCUGCGCUCCCCUCCACCCUCGCCUGCUCCCUCCACGUCCAAACCAGAGCAAAAAAAAACAGCUGACGGAGUCGCUCAAAAGAAUUCAAUGGUGCGUCUGAAGGAAUCAGCCCACCCUCUGCAGGCCAGAGACAGUAAUGCAGCCAGCAUGGACGACUACACCUGCAAAGACCAGACUGUCUGCUCCUACCAGCAGAUUAGCUGCCUUGACAGUGUCAUCCGUUACCUGGAGAGUUGUAACAUCCCCCUCACAGUGAAAAGAAAAUACCAGUUUUCUUCAAAUACCACCUCCACCAAUUCAGAUGAUGACAAAAAGUGUACUGAGGACAAUGCACAAGUGCCUGGGUGUUCCAACACAGAUUCUUUAAUGCUCGACGGCCAGCCUGGACUUUCAAACAUGAAAGCACCAAAGAAACCUCCAUCAGGGGCAGUUGUGGUUGGCGCCCCUCUGGGACCACUCCCUUUACCCAGCAAGGCUGAAAGCGUUGUGUCAAUCACAUCUCAGUGUAGCUAUAGCAGCACAAUUGUGCAUGUGGGAGACAAGAAGCCUCAACCGGAGUCUGAAAUAAUUGAGGAUGUGGCCGAGAGCCCUGCACCGCCGGCUCCACCCGUCAGUGUGGUGUCUCCACUUAGCCAGGAGAAAGAAGCCUACAAGAGGUUGGGACUGACCAAGCAGGUACUGGCAGCCCACACGCAGAAAGAGGAGCAGGCCUUCCUAAAUCGCUGCCGAGAGCUGCGUAAUGCUAAGACUUUCCAGAAGGACUGUUCCACGCGCCUGCACAAGCAGAAGGGUCCAGACAAUCCUCAAGAACCUGUUGGACUUUGCAGCGCCGCCAAACAGGGCACCACCAGGCCAGAGACUGUUGCCAAGAAGGGAAACCGCAACAGGAAGUCCAAAAAGCCCCGCAUGAAGCAUCCCGAUUCAUCGGACAGUGCCGUGUCACACCGCAAACCCCGCCCCCCUCUCCAGGGCCUCAACCAAACAUCCUGGUCCCCGUCGGAAGCGUCCCUGUCGGCUUUCAACGUGUCCUACCCAGCAAUGGUGCCUGCCUACCAGCUCUACCCGCCGGCACCUGCUGCUGCCCCUGCACAGGUCGCCCAUCCUGACCCCACCCUUUCCACUGGUUUUGUGGAGGGCCCGAGCACACAAGCUCCUCCUGCCGCCUCUUCCUUUCCUGCCCCCAUUGUUACGCCUAUGGUGGCUUUGGUGCUACCAAAUUACCUCUUCCCUCAACUUGGACCGAUUGGCCAGAUGGGGGCUGCUCCCAGACCAGCGUUUUUCCCGGAGCAGACGCAAACGCAACCUCAGUUUAAUGGCCAGCAACCCUUUCAGCCGCAGCAGCCAGCAUACACCAUGCAAUCCCAACCUCCCUUCACCAGUCAACAGAUUUUCCCGGUGCCGACUGCCUUCCCAACCCAGCCACCUUUCCAGCCUCGCCCGCCGGCCUUCACCCCCCAGCAGACCUUCACUACGCAGCCAUCUUUCGCUGUGCCGACUCCAUUUGUGGCUCAAGCACCCUAUCCGGCUCAGCCCUUCGCUUACGGCCUAAACACACCGCCCCCUAAAGCCGCGGGUGCAGAACCCCGAGAGGGUGCAGCUUCUCGCUCCUCCACCCCUGCAUCAGGUGCACGCGAGCGCACCACAUCAUCGCCCACGCUGUUCGAGUCGCGGUGCAGCUCGCCCCUUCAACUCAAUCUGCUCAGCAUGGAGGAGGGCCAGCGCUCGGUGGAGCGGCAGGACAGCACAGCGCCCUCUGCUGGUCUUCAGGGCGCUGGCGGCGUCGUGGCUUCUGUUGCUGCAGUCAAACUUGAAACUCUUCAAAAGGAGUAUCCAGAAGAUGGCGCUCAUAGUGACGGUCAUUCCUCAUCAUGUGACCUGCUGAAUAUACUGCUCCAAGAGCAGGAGGACUCCCACUCUGGCACCGGCUCCGCAACCUCUGGCUCCAUGGGCUCGGGAUCAGGAUCUGGAUCGGGCUCAGGUUCAGGCUCGGCUUGCAAUGGCUGCGGCACAUCGGCGAGCGGAGCCUCGGGCAGCAGAACAGGGAGCAGCAACACAAGCAAAUACUUUGGAAGUGUUGAUUCAUUGGAACAAGACCCCAAGACCAAGGCCAAAGCCAAGACAAGAGGAACAGGAGACUGUGAUGCAGGCCUAUCACCGGCCAAGAUGUCCGCCAGUGGGGAGGGAGAGCAUUUAAUCAAAUAUGUUCUCCAAGAGCCUGUUUGGCUGCUCAUGGCCAAUGCUGACGACAAGGUCAUGAUGACCUAUCAAAUGCCAUCCAGGGACAUUCAGAAGGUUCUGCGGGAAGACAAGGAAAGACUGAGGCAAAUGCAGAAGAACCAGCCCCACUUCACCCCAGACCAGCGGCGAGAGCUGCUGGAGGAGCACCCCUGGAUGAGAAGAGGGGGUCUACCAGCUACUAUCAAUGUGAAGGAGUGUCUGUACUGCAAAGACGUUGUGGAGGCCCCCAUCACAGAGACCCUGCCUGACAUGGACAUGUGCGAGCUGCGGGAGGAGCUGAGCCAAGAGUGCGAGAACACUCACAGCCAAUCAGAGGAGCUGAAAGCCAAACUACAUUCUGGCUCCUGAGUUUGUUCAGCGCCCAGCAGGGGGACUCACUCAACCAGCCACGGACCCUUAAAAACACUCAUAUUGCAAAUAUGUGACAAAAAAAAAAAAAGAUCUUGUGCCUGCUGGCCGUGCUCGACACUUGUAAACACACACGAACUGAAGUAGUGUGUGUUUGUGUCGACCCUGUGACAGACACUUGUAAACACACACAAACUGAAGUAGUGUGUGUUUGUGUCGACCCUGUGACAGACACCUGUAAACACACACAAACUGAAGCAGUGUGUGUUUGUGUCGACCCUGUGACAGACACCUGUAAACACACACAAACUGAAGCAGUGUGUGUUUGUGUCGACCCUGUGACAGACACCUGUAAACACACACAAACUGAAGCAGUGUGUGUUUGUGUCGACCCUGGGACAGACGAGAUCGAGGUCGGACCAUGCGAGGCCUUGAGCUGCUGUCUCACACAAACAUUUUCCUCAAAGACGAUGUGAAAACAAUCACAGCUAUCUUCACAAAAAACACUCUUUGUUUCCCCAUCAGGAAUUUGACAGGAUGUUGUCAACAGGGACCUAUGCUUGCACAGCCUCACCUACUGUACAUGCAGUCGGACUGUAACUGGCGACCAUCCCGUGACACAAACUAACCUUAUUUAUUUUUCCGCUCCGACAAAGACUCCAGUUUUAUCCAGCUACAGCCAAAUCACUUGACGGAUGUAUAUUACAGUACAUGUUUCAUGUCCAGGUCACUUUAGCCUUAGCUCGUUUACAUUGGAGCAUACAGCCUCCAAGUAAAGAAGGCAUUUGCAUACCGUUGGCAAUAUUAUUUUUUCUCCGAAUUGCCAGAUAUUGCAAAAAAUGUAUCCACAAGCGACAUGCACUUGGUAGAGAAAAAAGGGAGUUAUCCGCUCCUGAAGAGAGAAUGAUGUAGCUAACAAGGGGACCACGGGGAAGAAAUGGUGCAGAGACAAGACACCCUGCUGGGGCAAGACUUGUGAAUGUAUCCCAGACCGGACCAAGGACGUCUCACUAGCUUAGUUUAGGGAUUCACAUUUUUAUACACUUUUUUUUUUUUGUAUAUUUGUAAUUGAAGUAAAGCUGGAUUAAACACGUGUUUGUGACAAUUCCAUUGCCCGGUGGACUUGAGGCGCCACGUGCAAUGGAGGGAACACCGCAGAUGCUCUUUUGUCUCCAUUCCAAGUGGGAGGCGAACACCGCUGGUGUAUAAAAAGAAACACCCACAAUGCAAAUGUGGCUAAAAGAAAUGUUGUUACGCCUUACUGUUUGUCACAAAGAGGGAAGUCAAUAUUUAUUCAAUGACCAGCUGGUGUGUGUAUGUGUGUGUGUGUGUGUGAGAGAGGAGGCAGCUUGGUCCUGUAAAUGCAUACGCACCAUACUGGCACAUAUUGUGUGUGUGUUUGGUUGUGUACAUUGGUUUCAUCGCCGUAUGAAUGUAUGAAUCUUGAUGUAUGUAUGAAAUUAUAGUGCGGUUAUGUGCAAUUUUGUAGGAAAGAAUUCAUGUUUGAAACAUGGAAACCGUUGUAAUAAAAUUGGAAAACUAUUGAAA